UUUACGUAUGUUGCUAUGACUGAUGUAUAAGACUUUGCCGAACAUUUGCCGCUUUACAUUUGUACGUAUGUAGUAGUGUUUAGCAUGUAGGAGAGAAAUAAUCAAGAAAAUCUGCAUAGAUGUUAGUAAUUCCUACCCACCACCUCUUACACAAUUCAAUAAUAGCAGUCCUAUGGAAUAGGAGUUGUCAAGGAGAAACUUCUUCAGUUUUCAAAUUUUACUUUGCUGCCUGUCAGACUUUCAUGGGGUGCAUAUGAACAGUUCUAUAACUGAUAUCAAGUUCAGGGUGAGAAAUGCCAUGUAUAAAACAACAUAUUCCACAUUCUCAAGGAAAGAGCCAGAGUUUAAGUGUUCUUACAGUAUGUACAGCACAUCAAAUACAAGGCUAAAUCCAUCAUUAAGUGUGCACAAAAAGGCUGUUUUACCUUUGAAGAUGGGCAACACAGAGUAUAUGGAAAAAUACAGAUAUCCUGUUCCUGCUGAAGCAGCUGUGUAUAUGGAGAAACCAGUGACAUCUGUUUGUAAGGGCAAUACGAUUCAACGAAGUGAAUUAAAUCCAUUUCACUGUAGCAUUGUAAAGCACAUGGAUCCAUACAUAAGUGUGUCCCGUCUCACGAUUGAAAACUCUACACCAGUGUGGAAGGAUGAUCACAUACUUCCUACUCGUGAAGGUUACCCUAAAGUUUCAAGUAAGUUUCAUCAGCCUGUAUAUGAUCGCUCGAUCCUUAGCUCCAAACCGACUUACAGAAACUGGGUUGCACCUCCUCGAAGUCUCAGGAAUACAGGUGUGCAGUCUGAGACGAAUUACCAGUACAGUCGGCUAACAAAUGUUUGCAGCAGAAGCAGUCAGUAUCCAGUCAAGUGUGACAUUGCUGCACCACGCAUCAUGAGUUCUGUGAAUUAUGUUACUGAAUAUGACCACAUUGGUCGCAAGUGGCCUGUCAGAGCUGUUGUUGAUCCAGGGCCAAAUUGAAUUAUUCAGCCACACUACAUUCAGAAUUUCUUUUGGAGAUCAAAUUGCUGCUCGUGGUCAACAUGACACCAUCAACUUACAGGAGAGCCAAUGGUAGUGGCUUUUGCAGGACUGAUGUAACAGUGUUCAUCACAAGACUGAAGUGAAGAUUAUCAGAGCCUUGAUGGAGUCCUUGAUUGUGCUAAAGAAGUCAUUUCACUCUCCUGCUGUGGUCUGGACAUCGCUUCUAAGUUCUAAAUACACCAGAUGGACCUACCUGACAAGGUACACUGUGGGAUACCUCAUGUCGAGCUUGAACAUUGAGGUAUGCUGAAAUAUGAUGUGUGGUGCUUGAUACUUUUGUAAAAAGAAGUGUUUGAAAUCCUUCAUUGUGUCAUUCAGAAGCCAGGUUGGACAGGAACUUAGAAAACAAUGGAAGAAGUUUCAUACUUAUUUUAUUUUAUUUUUAGUUCUUAGUUGCAUUCAGUUGCUAGUAAGCAGAUACUGUAAUAUUUUUGCAAGUAUGGUUUGUUACAACAGAAUAUUAGGGGAUUGAAAAAUAAGGUAAAUGAUCUGCUUGUAUACAUAGAAGAAUUGUAGAGUUAUGAACUUACCUGAACAUUGUGUAAUCAGAUGGAUAAAUGAGGUAAAUAUA